AUGGGUUUGUUGUUCCGUGGCAUUGAAAGGUUCAGUCCCAGGUUAAAUGGUUUAAAUCCUUCAAAUGGUUUGUAAUUUCUGCACCGCCAGUACACAGAAGCGUUUUAUAACGAUCUUUACUGAUAAACCGAUAUGUGGGCAUUGUUUAUUCCGUCUUGAAAAGCACUCGCUCCGUCUUUCCAACAAGACGCGUAGGUUCGGCGCUCCGAUUUGCAUUAAAGGUAUUUCGCAUCUGGCUGCUUCUGGCUGGCGGAUUCGCCGAAUAGUUCAACACAAGACAGCACGAGUGAAAGAAAUGCAUGGGUGGAGGUUAGUGAUCCCCGUCCUCACCACGGAACUCCGAAGUGGUUGGUACAUCGAGAUUGUCACCAUGCCUCCCGGUGACGAGACUGCAUCUGCAACGGCUUCGGCUCGUCCGACUGCUCCAGUCAUCACGGUUGCCCAACAUCACGACCCUGGUGUGUGCUCUGGCCUCGAGGAACAGGACGUUGACGAAUGAUUCAAGCUCUAUGAACGCGCCAGUGCUAAUAACAGCUGGGACCCAACAAUUAUGCUCGGUAAUGCCAUCUUUUAUCUCAGCGACACCCCAUGGGUGUGGUUUCAAAUGCAUGACGAUAACAUAACCAGCUGUGACAGUUUCAAAGAAAAGCUACAGGAACUGUUCGGCGACCCUUUUGGGCACAAGGUGGCCGCGAGAAAGGCUCUUGCGUCUGGUGUCCAGACAUCUAAAGAGCCUAGUCAUACAUCCUAGACGUCUUGGCUCUUUGCCGCAAAGCUGACGAUACUAUGUCUGAAGCAUAUAAGGUGGCACAUGUGCUAAAAGGCAUCACUGACAACGCUUUCAAUUUGCUUGUUUUCGGCAACGUCUCGACUAUUCACGCCAUCAUAAAGGAAUGCCGUCGCCUUGAACAAGCUAAGAGCCGCCGUAUUACACACAACAUCACACGGCCACCCAACACUGCUGCUACGUCAACAUGUGAUGGUCGACCGCAUCAGAUGACCACCUGUGACGACGUAACCCGUAUUGUUCACCGCGAGCUCGAUGCCGCAUAUUCGCCAGCCUUCUCCGCGGCGCCUCCCGAUCCGCCAGCAACCACGAUUGCGAUGAUUCAGGCCGUCAUCAGACAGGAAUUUGAGGACAUGGGUCUGAAUUCCGUGUGUUCAGCGUCUCAGCUUAGCGUUCCCCAGUUCUCUAGCUGCCCUCCUCACCCUCGGCAGUCCUUUUCUGCCACAUCUCGCCGCACCCGUCCGAAUGGCGUACCCCUGAUGACAGGCCAAUCUGCUUCCACUGCUGUCGCAUCGGCCACGUCGCUCGUCACUGCCGCAACCGAUGGCCACCUCCUCCUCGGACAUACGCCUCCGCUUAUUCCCGCACCUUUGGA